AUACAGAUGCAUUUUACAUCCAAAGAAUAUACAAAAAGUGUAUGUGUAUGUAUAUGUAAAAUGAGCACAAUCAGCCGUGAAUCCUUCAUCCAAAAAGCAGUAUAAAUAAUACUUCAUAUUCCAUAUAUACGCACAUAUUGAAUCAAGCCCGUAGGAUGUUAUCGCUUUCCAUGCUACUAAUGCUAGGUCUGGCAACUCUGCCCUUAGCUAGAGCUCAAUAUCAAUCACCGCGCAUUAUAGAACAUCCCACGGAUUUGGUGGUUAAGAAGAAUGAACCAGCCACACUUAAUUGUAAAGUGGAAGGCAAACCAGAGCCAACAAUAGAAUGGUUUAAGGAUGGCGAACCCGUCAAUACCAAUGAAAAGAAAUCACAUCGCGUCCAGUUUAAGGAUGGUGCCCUCUUCUUCUAUCGCACCAUGCAGGGCAAGAAAGAGCAGGAUGGCGGCGAAUACUGGUGUGUGGCCAAAAAUCGUGUGGGCCAGGCCACCAGUCGACAUGCCUCACUUCAAAUAGCUGUUUUGCGCGAUGAUUUUCGCGUGGAACCCAAAGACACACGAGUGGCCAAAGGCGAGACAGCAUUGCUUGAGUGUGGGCCGCCCAAAGGCAUUCCAGAGCCUACACUCAUAUGGAUGAAGGAUGGUGUUCCGCUGGAUGAUCUCAAGGCCAUGUCAUUUGGCACAAAUUCACGGAUACGCAUUGUCGAUGGUGGAAAUUUACUCAUCAGCAAUGUUGAACCCAUCGAUGAGGGCAAUUACAAGUGCAUAGCCCAGAAUUUGGUGGGCACACGUGAAUCUAGCUAUGCCAAAUUGAUUGUCCAAGUGAAACCCUACUUCAUGAAGGAACCGAAAGAUCAAAUAAUGCUCUAUGGUGAAACGGCAACCUUCCAUUGUGCUGUCGGUGGUGAUCCACCGCCAAAGGUUCUGUGGAAAAAGGAAGACGGCAACAUUCCCGUCCCUCGUGCUCGCAUCCUUCACGAUGCAAAGAGUUUUGAGCUAAGCAAUAUCACGCCCAGUGAUGAGGGCACCUAUGUGUGUGAGGCACACAAUAAUGUGGGUCAAAUCAGUGCCCGAGCCACUUUGACUGUCCAUGCCCCGCCGAAUUUUGUCAAGAAACCUACGAACAAGAAAAUCGGGCUAAAUGGUUUAGUUCAAUGGCCUUGUGUGGCCACUGGUAAUCCUCAGCCAUCCAUCUUCUGGACCAAAGAGGGCUUGUCCACUCUAAUGUUCCCGAAUAGUUCGCAUGGACGCCAACAGGUUAUGGCCGAUGGCACACUCCAGAUAUCAGAUGUACAGCAAGAAGAUGAGGGUUUCUAUGUCUGCUCCGCAUUCAGUGUGGUCGACUCUUCCACUGUGCGUGUCUUCCUGCAAGUUAGUUCAGUAGAUGAACGACCUCCGCCCAUUAUACAAAUCGGACCAACGAAUCAAACACUGCCCAAGGGUUCAGUUGCAACUCUGCCGUGUCGAGCAACUGGUAAUCCCAAUCCACGCAUCAAAUGGUUCCAUGAGGGUUAUGCAGUACAAACAACCAAUCGUCAUAGCAUAAUCCAAGGCAGCUCUUUGAGAAUCGAUGAUCUUCAACUGAGUGACUCGGGUGUCUAUACUUGCACUGCAUCUUCAGACAGAGGAGAGACUUCCUGGUUGGCCAGCUUGAUGGUCGAGAAAAGCGGUUCAUCAACUUUGCAUCGAGCUGCAGAUCCCAGCACAUAUCCAGCUCCACCUGGCACACCCAAAGUUUUUAAUGUCAGUCACAAUAGCAUCUCUCUGAGAUGGUCAAAAAGUCAAGAGAAACCAGGAGCUGUGGGUCCCAUUAUUGGCUACACUGUAGAGUACUUCAGUCCCGAUUUACAAACUGGUUGGAUUGUGGCCGCCCAUCGCAUUCCGGACACUCAAGUCACUAUUUCUGAUUUGACUUCAGCCACAUCUUAUGUCUUUCUGGUUAGAGCUGAGAAUAGUCAAGGUGUAUCGGUGCCCUCGGGUCUAUCGAAUGCCAUUAAAACUCUUGGCGAUGAUUUUGAUGCUUUGCCUGAGAAUGAACUAUCUGCUGCCAGAGCUUUGCUCAGCGGAAAGGUGGUGCAAUUGAUUGAUGCCUCGGCCAUAAAUGCCAGUGCAGUGCGUUUAGAUUGGAUACUUCAUGCCAGUUCUAAUGAGAAAUAUAUAGAGGGACUUCAUAUACGUUACAAGGAUGCCAGUUCUCAUUCCCCUCAAUAUCAUGUCAUCACAGUGUCUGAUCAUUCAGCCGAAUCGCAUAUUGUGGGAAAUUUACGUAAAUUUACCAAAUAUGAGUUCUUUGUGACACCUUUCUAUGAGACCAUUGAAGGGCAACCCAGUAAUUCCAAAGUGGCCAUUACCUAUGAGGAUGUGCCCUCAGCUCCUCCAGAUACAAUACAAAUUGGAAUGUAUAAUCAAACUGCUGGCUGGGUACGUUGGUCACCUCCACCCACUCAGCAUCAUAAUGGCAAUUUGUAUGGCUAUAAAAUUGAAGUAAGUGCCGGCAAUACCAUGAAAGUGUUGGCCAAUAUGACUCUGAAUGCCACAACUACAUCGGUGUUGCUCAAUAAUCUUACCUCGGGAGCGGUUUAUAGUGUAAGAUUGAAUUGCUUUACCAAAGCAGGCGAUGGACCCUACUCCAAGCCAAUUUCUUUGUUCAUGGAUCCCACGCAUCAUGUCCAUCCGCCACGUGCUCAUCCCAGUGGCACUCACGAUGGCCGUCAUGAGGGUGGACAAGACUUUACCUAUCACAAUAAUGGCCUGGCAGCUGGUAAUCAACCCACAACUGGCAAUUCUAAUCCCACCACUCAUCGCAAAACGACAGAAUAUCUGCCCAAUACCUGGUUUAUGAUCCUUGUGAUUAUAAUACUCGUUGCUGUGGUCGUGGCCACGGCCAUAGUGAUGGUUUAUUUCAAGCGUAGACAUCAAAUGACCAAGGAAUUGGGACCUCUAAGUGUUGUAAGUGCGAAUGAGAUCACCGCCUUGAAUAUCAAUAGCAAGGAGAGUCUAUGGAUUGAUCGUGGUUGGCGCACAACUGACACCGAUAAGGACUCGGGAUUAAGUGAAUCCAAGUUGCUUUCCCAUGUCAAUAGCAGUCAAUCCAAUUAUAAUAAUUCGGACGGUGGCACUGAUUAUGCCGAAGUGGAUACCCGCAAUUUGACAACAUUCUACAAUUGCCGCAAAAGUCCCGAUAAUCCAACACCAUAUGCAACUACUAUGAUAAUUGGAACCUCUUCGAGUGAAACAUGCACCAAGGCUACUUCCCUGAGUGCCGAUAAGGAUUCGGGCACACAUUCCCCAUACUCGGAUGCCUUUGCCGCCCAACAAGGAGGUGCUGGAGUCGGUGGAAUGGCUGCUGGUCCAGCAGUUGGAGCUGGACCACUGCCAUUGACUAAAGCAAAUUACAUGUCAUAUCCAGCCGAGACCAUUAAUUGGUCGGAAUUCUUGCCUCCACCACCAGAACAUCCGCCACCAUCUUCCACAUAUGGUUAUGCCCAGGGAUCACCGGAAUCUUCACGCAAGAGCUCCAAGAGCGGUGGCUCUGGUAUUUCCACGAAUCAAAGCAUUCUCAAUGCUUCCAUACACAGCAGCUCCUCGGGUGGCUUCUCGGCUUGGGGCGUCUCCCCGCAAUAUGCCGCUGGCCAGCCAGAGAAUUUAUAUAGCAAUCCCUUGUCGUCGGUGGGCGGUGGAGUUGGUGGUGGUGCACAGAAUCGUUAUCAGAUAACACCGACAAGCCAGCAUCCUCCACAAUUGCCGCCAUAUUUUGCCACACAACCUGGAGGAGGAGUCGUCGUGGGCGGCGGAGGAGCACCCAAUUUGCAUAUCCCCUAUCCCACGCAACGCAGCGAAUAUCAAGUGGGUACCCGCUAUGCCCAGAACAGAGCGUGCAACAGUUGCGAUGCUCUUAACUCACCAAUGCAGCCACCGCCGCCGCCACCACCAGCUCCCGCUUCAGUCGAAGGAUGGUAUCAGCCCAUCCAUCCUCACAGCCAUCAAAUGCAGCCCACAACCUCCAAUCAACAGAUCUAUCAAUGCUCAUCCGAAUGCUCAUCGGAUCAUUCGCGUGCCUCGCUCAGUCACAAGAGGCAUCAUCCACAGCAUCCUCACCAGCAACACCAACACCAUGCGGAGGAGCAUGGCAAACGUUCCAAUCAACGUCGUCAUCAUCAGCAGCAGCAGCAGCAGCAUCAUCAAUCGAAUCAUAUGGUUCAACCCUGCCUGGAGACUGAAAGUGAGAAUAUGCUGCCGAAUAUCAUUUAUGCCAGCGACUGUUGCAAUAGUUCCCGCGAGGGUGACACCUGCUCCUGUAGCGAAGGCUCUUGCCUGUAUGCCGAGGCCGGUGAACCGGGACCAGAACCCACUCGUCUAGUGACUGCUAAAAAUACUUAAACUAAACGAGAGAAUCAUCGACAUUGAACGACAGAGCAUUCGUUAGUCGGAUGUAGUAUUAGAAAUCACACAUACACACACAGAAAUAGCAUCUAGUCGUAACUUUUCACACUUCAUAUCGCAAAAACAAAAAAAAAGAAAAGAAAAACGUUUCCUAAAAAGAAAAUACGUACAGAGACAAACUCAGACACUCUCAACACACAUAACAAUCAUCGUCAUCAUCAUCAUCGUAUAUAGAUAUAUAGGAAGACAUUUUUUAGGGGGGAAUUCCAUUCACAAGGGCUUAUAGCAUGGAAUCAGAGAAACUACAAAUGUUCUCCAAGAACUGAAAACUCUUCGAUAUAGUUUGAUUGCCAGUUAUAAGCCCCUUCCAAGAUAGAAUUCCCGCGAACCUUCUAAAAGCAUUAUGUACUUAAGAACGCUGUUCAUAGAUAUGGCUUCAAUAUAUAUAUAUAUGUUUAGACUAGGGAAAACGGAAAGAUACGUACUCACAACAAAACAAAUAACCAAGUCAGGACAUACAAAGUACAGACAAGAAUCCCAUACUAUUCUCUCUAGGUCCUAGUCACAUAGGCUCGAUGAUAACUAAACUAAAAAACGAAAAAAAAACGUAAAAAAAACACACAAAAUUGAUAACAAAACUCUUUCAUAUCUACGAUCACAAUCGAGCAUUUGCAUUUAAAAAAAAACAGAGGAGAAAGUAGCAAAGUUUAAAUGAAAUGAAACGGCAGUUGCAAUGUUUAAUGGUUAGUGCUUUUCUAUUAACAAAACAAAAAACAAAACUAAAUAUAUACCUAUAUAUACUAUAAUUAAUGAAACUUGACUUGAGAUGAGACCCAGUGAAGAAAAAGAAAACUGAAACUACAUUAUAUAAAACACAACUAUCUAGGAUUUAGUAAAACUCACGAGUUGAAACUGUUGUCCGAUCUAAGAACCUAGUCUCUCUAGACCUUCCCCUCCCCCUCCCCUCUCUACCUAAUUAUUAAACCACAUAUUUCUUCUUACACAAAAACAAACAAAAACAAAAGCUUGCAUUUGAGUAAAGUCGAAAAAUGUACCUGUGAUAUAUAAUCCCAAUUAAAGUAUUUUUAAUUAAUUUUCGAUUUUGUCAACAUUUUGUUUAAUGUUUGUUGAAUACCCCUAACACACUCAUCGAAACACACACACACACACAAACAUACAGGCGACGAAAAACGUUGAUAAACAAAUAAAAAAUUUUGGGUAACAAAUAUGUAGAAUAAUUAAGAUUUUAGGCACGUACUUUGUACGGCAUUAUUAGAAAUCCAAAAUGAGUUUUUAAAAUGACAAAAAAAUAUCAUCAAGAAGCGACGCUUGAAAUUUGUUUCUUCGGUUCUUUAUCGAAGAGGCCCAUACACUUUUCAAUUGACUCCCCCCACAAAAUGUGGAAGGAGUUAAAAGUGCAUGCUUUGGCAUUGAAUUGAAAACGUAAACCAUUUGGACUAGAUUCAACGAAAUGUUUAAACAAUACUACACAUAUACAAUACAUAUAUAAUCUAACUAUAUAUAUAUUAUAUAGUCAGAUAGUUCAUAUAGCACCUAGAACCACGCAUGUAUCAAAUUCAAAUCAAAACUAUGCUUUAGCAUUUGCCCCUACACACACACACACACACACACAAUGAAAUAAAAAGCAAAAGGUCACUUCCUUGCAAGGUCAAUCCGGCCUGAGAUUGCAUGUAUAUACCUUUAUAUAUAUAUAUAUCUAAAUAAAUAUCUAAUACCUUAAA